AUGCCCUCCCGCCAAUUCCCUUCUCACGAGUCCACGUCACUCCUUGGCCACAACCCAGCCCGCCACCCCUCCACCCUUGCGCGUAUCCGCGACCACAUACGCGCCGAAAUCUCGACGCAAUGGACCGACCUCCUCCUUAUCUUCUGCUACCUCAUCACGGGGCUUCUCGACAGCUCCGCCGUCUUCAUUUGGGGCUCCUUCGUGAGCAUGCAGACCGGAAACACGGUGUAUUUGGGGCUGGGGCUCGCAGGUCUUGACACGGGCGACCGUUGGGUGAAAUCCGCCAUAUCGAUCUCGUCGUUCUGUGCGGGUAGCUUCUGCUUCGGUCAUUUUCAUCGACUAUUCCAUGCGCGCCGACGAUGGGUCCUAGUGCUGUCGUUCGCCGUGCAGAUGAUCUGCGUGGCCGUCGCGGCGAGCAUCGUCAGCGUCCAUCGGCCGAGCAAAGAGGACGGGGUCGUAUGGGCGACGGCGGUGCCGUUGGCGCUGGUGGCGUUUCAGAGCAGCGGGCAGGCCCUGACAAGUCGCGUGCUGAAGAUGAAUGGGUUAACAAGCGUGGUGCUGACCAGUGUCUAUUGCGAUCUGUUCUCGGCGCCGGGCGUGCUAGGCUUGUCGGAGGUGGAGGGACGCAGGCGAGUAGGGGCUAUUGGGGGGUUACUUCUGGGAACGGUGAUCGGGGGGUGGUGGGCGAAGAGUGGGAUUGGGCUGGAAGGCGCGCUGUGGACGACGGUCGUUUGUAAAGGGAUAAUUGCCGCGGCUUGGUUGGGAUGGAAAGCCGAGCAGGUAUAG